UGACGGGACGCAUUAGCUCACGCUGACUGUCUCUGGGAGUGCUGAGUCGAAUAUCCUCUCCCCGUUAGAAACCGGCUGCUUUAUUCACCUGAAUCGGAGACAUAACGUUACACUUCGAGUUGGGACGCUCUCAAUUACUUCAAGGGGGGACCUUAACGCCGGGUUUUGGGCGGACACUUGUGUUGACAAAUAACUGCGUAACGUUAACUUAAAUCUCACAGCUGUGAACAUCUAAGACCCACGAUGGACCCGAGAGACACUGCCCCUGAUUCCUGGGAACAAGAGGACGAUGUGGAGGCCACAAUCGACGGAAAACUUGAAGAAGCAUUCACAGCCUUUAAUGUGAACGCUAAACCAUUUGUGCCCAACGUGAAUGCCGUCGAAUUUGUUCCGACUUUUCCCAUGAAUGAACACUCGGAAAAUCUCGAUUCUGUCGUUGCUGUGGAGAAGAUAUCCUCAAUGGACGUGUUGGAAAGUGCUGCUCCUUUGGAAAACGGGGACUCAGAGAGGACCACAGAGGAGCCGUGGGACCAGAAAGAGGCGGAGCCAAAUGAGGAGGAGCCGGGAGGCGACUCCUGUGGGAACCGGGGCCCUUCGGAAGAGGCUGUGACGGAGGAGGUCGCUCCGGAGAUCAUUGAGGAGGAGGAGGAAGCACCAGCACCCAAAGUCCCCCCCACACAGCCCGACGCCCCGAAGAAAGAACACGUCAACGUUGUGUUCAUCGGACACGUAGAUGCUGGCAAGUCCACCAUUGGCGGACAAAUCAUGUAUCUGACAGGCAUGGUAGAAAAGAGAACCUUGGAGAAGUACGAGAGAGAAGCCAAGGAGAAGAACAGGGAAACCUGGUAUCUGUCCUGGGCUUUAGACACCAACCAAGAGGAGAGGGACAAAGGCAAGACGGUGGAGGUCGGCCGAGCGUACUUUGAGACAGACAAAAAGCACUUUACCAUCCUAGACGCUCCAGGCCACAAAAGCUUUGUCCCCAACAUGAUUGGAGGAGCGUCACAGGCCGACCUUGCUGUUCUGGUGAUCUCUGCCAGGAAAGGAGAGUUUGAAACUGGUUUUGAGAAGGGUGGGCAGACGCGGGAGCACGCCAUGUUGGCCAAAACGGCCGGGGUCAAGCACCUGAUCGUACUGGUGAAUAAAAUGGACGACCCAACAGUCAACUGGAGCCUGGAGAGAUAUGAGGAGUGUAAGGAGAAACUAGUGCCAUUUUUGAAGAAGGUGGGCUUCAACCCAAAAAAAGACAUUCACUUCAUGCCGUGCUCUGGACUCACAGGGGCCAACCUGAAGGAGCCCACUGACAUGUGCUCCUGGUACACAGGGUUACCAUUCAUUCCACAAUUGGACAGUUUGCCAAGUUUUAACAGAUCCACUGAUGGGCCAGUCAGGUUGCCCAUCGUAGACAAAUACAAGGACAUGGGCACUGUGAUUCUGGGCAAACUGGAGUCGGGCUGCAUCAGUAAAGCACAGCAGCUCGUCAUGAUGCCAAACAGGCAUACGGUGGAGGUGUUGAGUCUCCUGUCAGAUGACGUGGAGACGGACGACGCCGAGCCGGGGGAAAACCUGAAGCUGCGGCUGAAGGGCAUCGAGGAGGAGGAGAUCCUGCCCGGCUUCAUCCUGUGUAACGCCGAGAACCUGUGCCACUCCGGGCGCACCUUCGACGCUCAGAUCGUCAUCAUUGAACACAAAUCCAUCAUCUGUCCGGGUUACAACGCCGUGCUUCACAUUCACACCUGCAUUGAAGAAGUGCAAAUUACAGCCUUAAUCUGUAUGGUAGACAAGAAGACAGGAGACAAGAGUAAGACACGACCACGAUUCGUCAAACAGGACCAAGUCUGCAUCGCCCGUCUGCGCACUGCAGGGACCAUCUGCCUCGAGACCUUCAAAGACUUUCCUCAGAUGGGACGCUUCACCCUACGAGACGAAGGUAAGACCAUCGCCAUCGGUAAGGUUCUGAAGCUGGUAGCGGAGCGCGAUUGAACACACAGCGCUGCCUGAGAUCCUGGAGAGAAGGAAUGGGCAGAGCCUGCUCAAACCCGCCCACACAGUUGUCAGCGGCGACGGCACCCUCCUGUACCGCCCCCCCUUCUGUGUGUCGAAGAACAGCUUCUGAAAAAAACUCAUGUGAAAAAGAACCAGUUUUUAAGCAAAUGACGCACCAAGAUGAAGUCCACACGAGUCAGCUUUCUCAUAUUGAGAGCUCAGCUAUGCCAUUCCUGGGUUAGCCCCCCUACUCUGGUCUACUCAUCAUUACAUGAUUGUUUUUUUCUUCCACUUUUUUUCUUGCUUUCAUGAAUGACAAUGAGAAAUGGCGGGAGUUAUAUCUGUAAACAGAUGUGGACCAGGCUUCUGCUCGGAAUAUAAAGGAUGAUUUUCAGAAGUAAUUUGCAAAAUAUUUCACUUGAAAGAACUUGACCAGUUGAAACCAAAAUGUGUCCUGGGUGUACAUGUCUCCCUUUGCUUUUACCCACCUUUUGGUUUCUCGUGGCGUUCUGGCAGUGUGCUUGAGCGUGUUCAAAUGUUAUUAAAGCAAACUAUGACAAUAAAAUAAUAAAUUGGGAAA